CUCCACCCUCCAACAGCUUGCCGUCUCAAAACCGCCGACGAGAACAAUACUGGCGCCGGACCCGGGUAUGCUCUGAAGGAGACCUAGCUGAGGGUGUUCAGCAGCUGACAAAAUGGUGUUCAUCUUCGGCGUCAAUUUUCACGAGCAAAAGCUCGUCAAGAAAGCGCUCGAGUCCUUCUAUGCCCUUGGUCCGCAGACGUCAGAACGCAUCCUGGCUAAGUACUACAUCCACCCGCGCGCAAAGAUCGGCACAUUGCCACCCAAGACCCUCACCGCGCUGACGGCCGAGCUGUCGACAAUGACCAUCGAGGGUGACGCGCGGAGGAUAAUACAGGAUAACAUCAAGCGGCUACGUGACAUGGGCACGUACCGUGGGAGAAGGCACGCUAUGGGCCUCCCAGUGCGGGGCCAGCGGACGAAGAACCAGACCGAAACGGCCAAGAAGCUCAACAGGAUCGAACGGCGGGGAUGAUGGAAACGGAUGGGCUGGGACGAUGGUAUGGAGUAUGGGAUUCUAAACGAAAUGUUUCGACGCCACAUCUCGGCCUUGAUAGGCUGUGUAGAAUAUGCUGGGUCCAUG